AUGGGAACCGAUUUAACAAAGUCUACAGGAGACGUGGCAGCCACCAGUAGGUCCGCAGCUAUUGUUGUCUUUGUAGUGAGUGUAACAAGUACCGCGGCUAGAGAAAACAACAAAUUCAUUUGGCCCAGUAAAUUUAUAGGUCCUCCAUGGGUUUACAAGUUCGUUAAUAGUACAGCUGGACGUCGCUGUCAUAUCAGAACUACUAGCUCUAUCAUGCGAUAA